UAUUCAAUUGGAAAGACAGCGGAGGGACGUGAUCUUAAAGUAUUGAGAAUCUCUGAGAAUCCACGCGAAUAUAAAAAAAUUUGGAUUGAUGGCGGCAUACACGCACGCGAAUGGAUCAGUCCGGCCACCGUCACAUACAUACUCUAUCAGCUUAUGUCAAACUGGAAAGAUCAACCUGCCUACUUCAAGGAACGCACCUGGUAUUUUAUGCCCGUUAUGAACCCAGAUGGCUACGUUUACAGUCGAAGAGUAAAUCGAUUGUGGCGCAAAAAUCGUUCACCUUCGCCAUCUUCGAACUGUGUAGGCGUUGAUUUGAAUCGUAAUUUCAAUAUAAACUGGAAUGGUCGCGGCUCAUCAUCAAAUCCCUGCAGCGAUACAUAUCGCGGCAAAUCACCAGGCUCUGAGCUGGAAACGCAAGCGGUCACGAGUUUCCUUUUAAAACGUAAAAAUAAUCUAACUGCAUAUCUGACUUUUCAUAGCUACGGUCAACUGAUAGUCUAUCCGUGGGCAUAUAAGGCGGCCAAGGUUAAAGACGCUUCCUUGCUGGAAAGCGUUGGUAAAACGGUAGUAGAGCGCAUACGCGAGGCGACGGGCGCUGCUUAUCGCGCAGGUGUGACGCAUUCCUUGUUGGGCAUUGCCGGUGGCGGUUCGGAUGAUUGGGCACGUGCAGCUUGUGGCACUAAAUUCGUCUAUACGGUCGAGUUGCGCGACAAGGGCCAAAAUGGUUUUGAACUAUUGCCAUCACUGAUAGGCGUUACUGCCAAAGAGGGCAUGAUUGCUGUUGAGACGGUGGCUCAGGCCAUCGGUUAAGAAUUAUACUUACUACUUUUAUUUAAUUUAUAUUUGUAUAUUUGUAGGUGAGUGAUCGAGUGUGU